GGAAUAUGUGAGGUCACCCCAAAGCUACCCUAGUACUGGUCACAAAGUCACUUGUCCAUAGUCAGCCAUGAGCGAACCCAUUCCGCCCCUCAGUAACAGCCGUAAAGUGGUUGUCAUUGGUGCAGGCCCAGUAGGAUGUCUUGCGGCGAUUGCCUUCGCCAAAAUGAAUUGGCAAGUCGAAAUCUACGAAGCGAGACCAGAUUUACGGCUAUCAUCUUCGAAAGCAGCAGCUCAACAGCGAUCUAUCAACCUCGCCAUCUCAUCACGUGGCAUCGCCGCUCUACGAGCUGUGGAUGCCUCUGCAGCUGAGAGGUUUCUGCAGACGGUCAUCCCUAUGCGGGGGCGGAUGAUUCAUGACAGACAUGGAAAUUUACAAAGCCAACUAUACGAUAGGAAUGGUCAGUGCAUCAAUUCCAUAGAUCGCGCUCUUCUCAAUGAAGAGCUACUGGAGGAGGCUUCGGCACUGCCGAACAUCCGUUUGACCUUCAAGCGUAAAGUUAUUUCAGCUGAUUUUGACCAAAGAGUGCUGGUCCUUCGCGAUGCCGAUUCGGGAACAGAUGUCCGAGUCAACUUCGACCUGUGUAUCGGCGCGGAUGGGAGUUAUUCCACUAUAAGGAGACAGUUAAUGAGGGUCGUGAGAAUGAAUUUUCAGCAAGAAUAUAUACCUCAUGAGUAUAUUGAACUUAAAAUGCCGGCAGGACACGACGAGGACGGCAAACCUACCUUCCUCCUUGAUCCGAAUCACCUCCACAUAUGGCCUCGCCACUCCUUCAUGCUCAUCGCUCUGCCAAACAAAGAUAAGACAUUCACUUGCACCCUCUUCGCCCCCACUGUCGAGUUUGAUCGUUUGAUCACUCGCGAAGACAUCCUGUCAUGGUUCCAGAAUCAUUUUCCGGAUGCACUGUCACUACUUGGCGAAGACAAAUUGCUGAAAGAUUUUGAGAACAACCCCCGUAGCCCCCUGAUUACAACGAAGCUGAUGCCUUAUCAUUACAAAGAUCGGUGUGUAGUUCUCGGUGACGCUGCCCACUCGAUGGUGCCUUUUUACGGACAAGGGCUUAACUGCGGUCUCGAAGAUGUUCGGGUGUUGCUCACACUACUGCAAGAAGAAUGCGUUGUCCCUUGCGGGCCCGUGCCCAAUUCUGGAGACCCUGAAUCUGACCCCAUAGACCAUAGGCUAUUCAAAGCACUGUCUCGUUAUUCCGCAAGCAGGCACGAAGAUGUCGUUGCCAUAUGUGAGCUUGCGAUGGACAAUUACGUUGAAAUGCGCCACUCCGUAACAACGCCUUCAUACAUCAUCAAAAAUGCACUCGAACACAUUCUGUCUUCAUUUACCUCUCGCCCAACGCCCCUUUCGUCUCUGGGUGAAUCAUUAUCUCGCAUUGCCUUUCCAACUGCCAAUCCUCGCGGUUGGCUGCCUCUUUACACCAUGAUUACAUUCCGUCCCGAUAUUAGCUAUGCUACAGCUAAAAGGAAAGCAGCCCGACAGGCUAUCAUCCUCACCACUAUAGCAAAACUCGGAACCGCCGGCAUGUGCGCUGCGAGCUUCUACUUUACGUUGAAAGUCUUACGUUGGCUGCGAAGUCAAAGAUGAUGUCCUGACUGUUGGAAAUUAUUGGACCUCGUGCUACCUACGGUGAAAUAUAAAUAUUGGGCCGAAGCCCUGAUUUUAAAUCUAGAAUUUUCUGCGGUCUUGAGCGCAGAACAUUUGAGCGGUGAUUAAUUUGGG